AAUUAAUUUUAUUUUUCUAAAUACCUUGGCACCAGGGGGGCUCCGUACAUUCGUUCAUCGUUUUUAACUUAUUUUUAGUUUUAACCUAUGUUGUUUUUAAUGUGUGUGAGCUAUGCGUGCUGUUGGAAGGACGACUGAAUUUCCCCAAGGAGAUAGCUAAAGUAUGUCUCUGUAAUUAAUCCUAAAUCUAUGUAUCCCGAACCGUUACGUUACAUUGACCGCAAUUAUCGAAUGACACCCAAUACGGUGACCCAUUCACACACGUUAUCCUACCUUUAUUUAUUUUUUAAAAUUGUUAUUCCGACACGUUUUUCGACUGCGGUCAAGCCAGCCUCCACUCGUAAAAUAGCAGUCAAGCCAGCCGCCCCUAAUUUUGUUCAUACUAGGCAUUACGGUAAUAAGUCGCCAACUCGCGGCGAAGCCACCUUCAAAAUAAAAGCUUCCCAAUAAUACGGACGUCACUGCUCUUGGGUUUAGGAAUGCAACCAGCAAAGUUAAUUUGAAUCUUGAAAUACAUUACAUACAUACAUGCAUACAUACAUUAAAAAAUGUACUUUAUUUGAUAUCUUAGGAAAAAUAAAUGGUAAUGGACUGCACUUAUAUAGCACUUUAUCUACAUCAUCACAGUGCCCAAAGUGCUUUACAAAGCCUCACAUUCACACACACACAUUCAUAAACCAAUGGGCGACUGCCAUGCAAGGCACUGCCAGGCCCACUGGGAGCAAAUUAGGGUUCAGUGUCUUGCCCAAGGACACUUGGACAUGCGGACAGUCGUAGCAGGGAUUCGAACCUGUUCUACCUACUGAGCCAAAGCCAACCCAACAUAAUCCCAUUGGUAACGCAAGACAAGUCCUGAUAUGUGUGACAGACCACCAAGGACUCCACGAAAAGAGAAAGAAGAGCGUCUGCAGAGUGAAGGUGCAAAAAAGGAGCAGAAACUUUAGUCAACCCGCUCAAGUCCCGUACGAACUAUGGACCUGUCAUUGGCUCACCCAGCUAUCAAAGCCUUCAUGUGUGGUGCUCUAAGUGGAACUUGCUCCACACUGCUUUUCCAGCCCCUCGACUUGGUCAAGACACGUCUGCAAAUGUUGCAGAGUUGCGUGCAGCCUGGUUCCGGCCGCGUAGGGAUGAUGAGAGUACUAGUGAAUGUGGUGCGGACCGAGAGGCUGCUGGGACUGUGGAAAGGAGUUUCACCGUCGUUCAUGAGGACCAUCCCUGGUGUGGGACUCUACUUCAGCACUUACUACUCAUUGAAGCAGCACUUCUUCCAGGGGAAGAGCCCGGGGGCCUUAGGUGCUGUGCUACUGGGAGGUGGGGCCAGGACCGUGGCUGGGGUCCUCAUGCUCCCUGUUACGGUCAUCAAGACUCGAUAUGAAUGUGGCAGGUUCCGUUAUGAGAGUGUCACCGGGGCUCUACGCAGUGUGUGGCGGACAGAAGGUCUCGUGGCUCUGUACUCUGGCCUGAUGGCUACCCUACUCCGAGAUGUUCCUUUCUCUGGAAUAUACGUUAUGUUCUACAGCCAGAUGAAGACUAAUUUGCCAAACGAGAUCAACGUGUCUGCUUUCGCUCCUCUGGCUAACUUCAGCUGUGGGAUCCUAGCAGGGGUGUCUGCUUCGCUCGUCACCCAGCCUGCUGAUGUGGUCAAAACUCUUGUUCAAGUGAACCCCCAGUUGAGGACGACUGACGCUGUCAAAUACAUCUGUGCAGAACAUGGAUUUCAGGGCUUCUUAAGAGGGGCAGUGCCACGCUGCCUUAGGAGGACGAUGAUGUCCGCCAUGGCGUGGACCGUCUAUGAGCAGAUGAUGGCAUAUAUUGGGCUGAAAUCUUGAAAAAGAAAGUCAAGGCAAUUUAACAGAUAAGAAAGAAGAGAUAAGGUCAAGUGACAAAAAGAGGAAAAAUGCACCUGUGGAGCUGGCCCUAACGUGUCACAAGUACAGUACAGUAUUUGUCGUUAUUAGGAGAUGCAGAUGUGCACAAAGACAACUCGUCCUAGAAGAAAGAAUGUUAUGCUGAGGUUAGUUUAAGAAAUCCUUAUAUUUUUAAUGAGUAUUUUUGACUUUUCGAUUUGUCACAGUGUAGAAAUAUCUCAGUAAGAGUUCUUGUUUUGGUUUGUCAAGAGUUGUACACCAGUGGGCCCAGACAGCCUACAGUAAGACAUACAUGACGAUGUUCUAGAAAAGGCUGUGACUUCUGUACCACACACUGAUAUCUUGUAGCUAUUGUGUUAUUUUGCUUGCCUUUACCGUCACAGUUUGUAGUCCUAUAUCACAAUCAUGCCUUAAAAUGAAUGUUACCAGUAUAUAUUUUUAAAACCUACCUAAGUAUUUAUAUUUUAUAGUACAAUAAAACAAAUAUUCAAUCUCAACAAUGACGUGUGCUUCUUACCCUGCUCUUAAACUCUGUAAAUGAUUCAACCGAAGGAGUCUACCUAACAUAAAGACCUGCAACAUGACCUCAGAUAUGCUGCUGUGCAAAUCCAAGGCAUGUUAAAUUCUGGACCCGAGAUCACUGUAACACAAUACAGUCAGUCUUUGUCUUGUCCAACAAAGAUGAAACACACAGAGCUGUCUGGUAAAAGUUGAUCUACUUCCCAAAAUAGAAGUUUUGCAUUAAACCAUAAAUUCAAUGAAGCAUAUUGGGCUUGCAUGCUCUCUUAAUUCAUUGACUAUGAUCUAAACACUAUGGUGUAGGCUUUUGAAAUGAGAGACUAAUUAUUGAGUGUAAUAAAAGUGAUGCCAUAAAUAAGA